CAUUUCUUACGUCAAAAAGACCCGUAGAGGGGUGACGAAGGGAAAGAGGCGCGGUUGAUCCGUUUAUGUUUUGUUGACAAAUUUAACCAAAUAAGUUACAUUUUAAUAAUUUGAUUUCCUAAACCCCCCUCGAAAACCAUGCACUGCAAACAUUUAUUAUACCUGACCACCUUUGUAGUUAUCGUUGCAAAAUCUACAGCAUUAAAUUGCUUUCAAUGCAAUGGCAGCGACCCAACACACCCAUUUCAAUGCAAUGAGUGGCUCGGGUCCGAUAUAGAUCUCACACCUACACCUUGCGAUGAAGUUUAUGGAGCUAAAUAUUGUAUUAAACAUACAGGGCGUUUCGAAGGCGACUCACUAAUGUGUUACCAAUGUUCUGGAUCAGAAACGAUGGACUGUUCUGACGCAAUGAUACACAUGGAGGGAAUUGAGCCGAAAAGUUGUGACCAUGUGUUUGAGGCUCAGUAUUGCAUAAAAACCACUAGUCUUUAUGGAGGGAUAGGUACCAAAAGGUUCUGUUCAUCCCUGGACCUUGGGAACUACUGCAACUAUGUCCAACAGCCCGGUGAUAAAUUAGAAUACAGAUCAUGUGUCUACACUUGUACUGGGGAUGGCUGUAAUCCUGCUUCUACAGUGACUUCUCACUUGAGUUUAGUGAGUUGUCUGCUAUUGUUUUUUUUUAUAGUGAUAUUUAGUUGAUGUGGAAAAUAGGACUGAAAGAAUCAAAAAUUCUUUAUUAAAUGUUUGCAGUAUUUAAUAUUGUUGACCUCUAUUAAAUGCCCAAUCAAUGUUCAAAUAGUAAUCUGUCCCGUCCAGUCUUAGGUUUAGUAAUUGUGACUUCAGGUGAUAUGAUCAAAUGACAAAAAAAUAAGUUGAUAUUCAAAUAGAAUCUCCUGUCCAUUAUUAUUAGGAUUUUUAGUUUAGUGACACCCUGUAUAGCUGUAAUAGUUAUGUUUCAAUCACAAUAAAGUAAUUUAUAUAUAAACUUAAACAUAGUACAUCCCGUCCAUUAUUGUAGGCUUAGUGAUUGUAUUAUAUUUUAUAUAUUAUGUAUAUGUUUUAGAACAUACAAUUUUAAAUAAUAAUGAUUUUGUACA